AUGGCAUUCUUACGAGAUGCUGAGAGUAACCCGACGGUGCAAGCCAUCUUCUCAACUUUGAAGCAUGUCGAUGCCACGGCAGUCGCUGCUGGCUUGCCGUUGACUCUUUUCGGUCUUGCCGUUUCUUACUACUUCAUCGCAUUACUUUAUAGCCUCUUCCUCUCACCUCUGAGAAGUAUUCCCGGCCCGUUUCUGGCUCGUGUCACACGUUGGUGGGAGUAUCGAGUGGUGAAGCAAGGCCACUCAAACCAAGAAUUCAUCCGUUUGCACAAGAAAUACGGCCCCGUUGUACGAGUAGGACCAAACCGGUACAGUCUUAGUCAGCCGAAAGAUGUGAAAAAGGUCUAUGAAUUAGGAGGCAAAUACAUCAAGGCAACUUACUACAGUCCAUUGCUUAGCCCGGUCGUCCACGAGCAGAACAUCUUUGCCAUCCAAGACAAUGGUCUGCACAAGGAGAGGAGAAGAAAGAUCUCGCCCAUGUACACCAUGUCAUCCAUGGUAUCUUAUGAGCCAGCUGUAGACGAGAUGACACAUGUCUGCAUUCGCAAGCUAAAUCAGUUUGCCAAAGAAGGCCGUUUGGUUGACAUUCCUCACUGGAUGCAAUACUACGCCUUUGAUGUUAUUGGCGCCAUUACCUUCAACAAGAGUUUCAACAUGAUGGAGAACGAGGGAGAUACCACCGGAAUGAUAAAGGGCAUUCGGGAGGCCAAUGACUUUUUAGCAUUCUGGGGUAUCAUUCCCAACCUGGUCCCAUGGCUCAUCGGCAUCGCUACUGCAUUGGGUAUGACGUCCAACACAUCAACGCUUGUCAGCUACGCCCUCAAGCAGAUCGACAACACCCGGAAAGAAAACGCCAAAUCCACAGUCAAGGGUACCACGAAGUAUGACACAUUCUUGAAGAAGCUGCUGGAAGGGGAGUCUGAAGGUCGUCUCAAAACGCCCAAUCUGCUUGACGCAUGCGGUAGCAAUAUCGGGGCCGGCUCUGACACCACAGCCGUGACACUGAGUUCCGCUCUCUACUACCUGUUCCAGAACCCAGAUAAACUCAAGAAGCUGCGAGAGGAGAUCGACCAGAAGGCAGCGUAUGGCGGUCUCUCGGACCCCGUUACCUUCCAGGAAGCACAGGACAUGCCGUAUCUACAAGCUGUUAUCAAGGAGACUCUGCGUAUCCACCCAGCCGUCGGAACGAUUCUGCCUCGUGUCGUGCCUCGUGACGGCAUGGAACUAUCGGGAAUCUACUUCCCUGAAGGGACCGAGGUCGGUGUUAACGCAUGGGUCUUACAUUACGACAAGGGAAUCUACGGCCCUGACCCUGAAGUCUUCCGGCCAGAGCGCUGGCUGGGUGACGAGAAGACGAGCAUCAUGGACUCUAUGAUGUUUGCAUUUGGAGCUGGAGCCCGGACUUGCAUUGGUAGGAACAUCAGUCUGCUGGAGUUGACCAAGAUGGUCCCUCAGAUUGUCCGCAAGUUUGAUCUUGUCAUUGAGGACGCAGACAAACCAUUGGACACUUUCUGUGCGUGGUUCGUGUAUCCUCAUUACAACGGCCGGUUCAAGGUGCGAGAAUAA